GAGGGGUCGGCGGACUGCUUGCCCCUGCGGCUGUCCAUAUUUCUGUUCGCUGGCGCCACAUUCUUAAGCUCGUUGAGCUACUGCCUGAACACGUCAGGCUGGGACAGCGCCUUCCGCUAUUUCGAAGGUGGCUACGCGUUGGCGAGCCGAGUGGUGCUCGGCUGGAUUCAGGCCUCGGGCCUGCUCGGCGGGCUGCUCGGCGUGACCGGCGCCUGGUACGUCAAGGUGACCGAACUAGCCAUGGUGCGGGAGAACGGCUGGAACCGCCUGAUGUACAGCAUCGCAAUGGAAGGCCACUGCUCCCAAGAGCGGGACGGGUUCUUCAUCUGCACCGGCAUGGCCCUCAUCUGCUUCGUGUACGUGACGUCGUGCACCGGGCGGUACCUCGACAGCAUGGGCCAGAUGCCGAGGCACCUCCUGCGGGUCCCGAAGGACCUGCCGAGCGGCUCCUACUGCGCGGUGAGCGGAGGGGAGCGCGGCCCCGCGCCUCGCGCCGGCCAGCUUCCCACGCAGGCGGAGGACUACGGCUUCCACGCCGACGUGGAGCGGUACAUGCGCGAGAAGUUGGAUUCGAUCGAUCUGUUGCGCGGCCGUUUGUCUGAUCGAG